AUGUUAAUAGGUCUUUGUGGAGGAAUUUGUGCCGGGAAGAGCACCAUCGCACAAUAUCUUGUAGAGCACCAUGGCUUCACACAUCUCUACCUUCGACCGGAUCAGAAAAGUAAAAAGUCUACUCGAAUUACCAAUGGCAGUACAGAUGCGAAGCAAAUUACAAAUGGAGAAUCAGAGAUUGAAGAAGAUGGCAUAACUCGGAGACAAAAAUCAAUACCUCAAUCGCAAUCACAAUAUACCUUCACAAGCACGGCCGACCUACUCGACUUCGUAACCAAGCGCUGGCGCGAACGCUGGGUAAUAACCAACAUCUACAACGAAGCCAUCCUCGACGCCUUACUCCGCCGCCCCUUCUUCAUCCUCGUCAGCGUCGAUGCCCCGGUCUCCAUCCGCUGGAAACGCUUCCAAGCACGACCCAAUCCACCAUCCACGCCCCUCACCCUCGAAGACUUCCUCCUCCGCUCCGACCACCACCUCUACGAUCCCGAACAUGGUCUCCAAUCCCUCAUAUCCCGCGCCACCAUCCGUCUCCUCAACACCUCAUGCGAUCUCGCCCAUCUCUAUGCCACACUCGGCAAACUCGACCUUACAAACGAGCAGCGUCUACGACCCAGCUGGGAUCAAUAUUUCAUGCAACUAGCCUCCCUCGCCGCGCAGCGCAGUAACUGCAUGAAACGCCGCGUAGGUUGCGUCCUAGUGCGCGAACAUCGAGUUAUAUCAACGGGCUACAACGGUACACCCAGGGGCCUACUCAACUGCGGAGAAGGAGGUUGCGCCCGCUGCAACGAAGGACAAAGUUCCGGUGUAGGACUCGGCACAUGUCUGUGUCUCCACGCCGAAGAGAAUGCCCUAUUAGAAGCAGGCCGAGAACGAGUCCGAGAAAACGCCAUUCUGUAUUGUGAUACAUGUCCCUGUUUAACAUGCAGUAUCAAGAUUGUGCAGGUGGGAAUUUCUGAGGUGGUGUAUAGCCAGGGAUAUAGUAUGGAUGCGGAGACCGCGGCGGUAUUUGGGCAGGCGGGCAUUAAACUGAGACAGUUUAUUCCGCCCGCAAACGGUCUGAUCCAUUUAGAGAAACAGACCUUGUAUUAG